GUCAUACAACUUUAAUCAUCCGUCAAAAUUCUCCAUCCAGAUAUGUUCAUCCAUAAAUUAUUGAUUAGGAAUGUGUUUCGUUCGAAACCUGUCGCCGUUCGAGGAUACCGAGAGCCUGGCCAACCGCCCAAAGAAUGUCCUCCUUGUCCGAAAAAGGAACCGCCUCAACCUAGGGUCGUCAUGGAAAAGAAGUGCGAGCCGUGCAGUUUCUGGAAGCAGGAGCAGGAAGUAUGCGAAGGAAACUACAGGCCAAAGAUGUACACAGCCACAAAACCCAGAUCCACGGGCUGCCACAACUGCCAAACAUCUUCGAAGAAAUGCAAUCCUCCUGAUCCCAACGAAAAAUCCAAGUGCAGUGAAUUGAACAUAAACGAGUGCAAGGAUAUACCGGAUUGUCCGAAAGCGAAUUGGCACUGCAGCCAGAAAGUCGACGACGAAUCAACGUUUCCAUUCAGAUAAGCAAUCAAUAAAUUAUGGAUAAACACUUGUUCUUCCUUUCGCAUUGUAUUUGU